AUGGCAGCUGGUAACUCUGCUGUGGAGGAUAAGUUCAUUAGAGGUAACUCUGCUACGGAGGAUAAGUUCAUUAGAGGUAACUCUGCUGUGGAGGAUAAGUUCAUUAGAGGUAACUCUGCUACGGAGGAUAAGUUCAUUAGAGGUAACUCUGCUACGGAGGAUAAGUUCAUUAGAGGUAACUCUGCUGCGGAGGAUAAGUUCAGAGGUAACUCUGCUGCGGAGGAUAAGUUCAUUAGAGGUAACUCUGCUACGGAGGAUAAGUUCAUUAGAGGUAACUCUGCUGCGGAGGAUAAGUUCAGAGGUAACUCUGCUGCGGAGGAUAAGUUCAUUAGAGGUAACUCUGCUGCGGAGGAUAAGUUCAGAGGUAACUCUGCUACGGAGGAUAAGUUCAUUAGAGGUAACUCUGCUGCGGAGGAUAAGUUCAUCAGAGGUAACUCUGCUGCGGAGGAUAAGUUCAUUAGAGGUAACUCUGCUGCGGAGGAUAAGUUCAUCAGAGGUAACUCUGCUGCGGAGGAUAAGUUCAUCAGAGGUAACUCUGCUGCGGAGGAUAAGUUCAUUAGAGGUAACUCUGCUGCGGAGGAUAAGUUCAUCAGAGGUAACUCUGCUGCGGAGGAUAAGUUCAUCAGAGGUAACUCUGCUGCGGAGGAUAAGUUCAUUAGAGGUAACUCUGCUGCGGAGGAUAAGUUCAUUAGAGGUAACUCUGCUGCGGAGGAUAAGUUCAUUAGAGGUAACUCUGCUGCGGAGGAUAAGUUCAUUAGAGGUAACUCUGCUGUGGAGGAUAAGUUCAUUAGAGGUAACUCUGCUGCGGAGGAUAAGUUCAUCAGAGGUAACUCUGCUGCUGAGGAUAAGUUCAUCAGAGGUAACUCUGCUGCGGAGGAUAAGUUCAUCAGAGGUAACUCUGCUGCGGAGGAUAAGUUCAUUAGAGGUAACUCUGCUGUGGAGGAUAAGUUCAUCAGAGGUAACUCUGCUGUGGAGGAUAAGUUCAUCAGAGGUAACUCUGCUGCGGAGGAUAAGUUCAUCAGAGGUAACUCUGCUGCUGAGGAUAAGUUCAUCAGAGGUAACUCUGCUGUGGAGGAUAAGUUCAUCAGAGGUAACUCUGCUGCGGAGGAUAAGUUCAUUAGAGGUAACUCUGCUGUGGAGGAUAAGUUCAUUAGAGGUAACUCUGGGUCUUCCUUUCCUGUAGCGGUGCUCAUGUGAGCCAGUUUCAUCAUAGCGCUUAAUGGUUUUUGCGACUGCACUUGAAGAAAUAUUCAAAGUUCUUUAGAUGUACGACCAUGUCCUAAAGUAAUGAUUGACUGUCAUUUAUCUUUGCUUAUUUGAGCUGUUCUUGCCAUAAUAUGGACUUGGUCUUUUACCAAAUAGGGCUAGCUUCUGUGUACCACCCCGACCUUGUCACAACACAACGGAUUGGCUCAGACGCAUUAAGGAGGAAAGAAAUUCCACAAAUUAACUUAAUGAGGCACACCUGCUAAUUGAAAUGCAUUCCAGAUGAGUACCUCAUGAAGCUGGUUGAGAGAAUGCAAAGCUGUCAAGGCAAAAGGGUGGCUACUUUGAAGAAUCUCAAAUAUAAAACAUGUUAUGUUUUAAACACUUUUCUGGUUACUACAUGAUUCCAUGUGUUAUUUCAUCGUUUUGAUGUCUUCACUAUUAUUCUACAAUGUAGAAAAUAGUAAAAAUAAAAACCCUUGAAUGAGUAGUUGUGUUCAAACUUUUGAUUGGUACUGUAUAUAUACAUACAGUACAUGUGGAAAAAAAGUGUUUUUUGUUCAUACAGUCCAUGUAUGCUGUCUUUGUACACUUGAGUGGUACAGAUAUUGCAAUUCUCCAAACCAUGGGUACACUACGUACUAACAUUGCCAGCCAGCACAGAAGCACUAUCAAACCCUUUACUGGAGUUGGUCAGAUAGGAAGGAGCAGUGUGUUUCAUCUCUAGCAGGGAGCCUUGGUGGGCCGUGUUAACCUGGCUGGCUACUUGAACGACCAUUGAGACUGCUCUGUUCAGUGUGAGUUUACAGAGCUCUACACUACACAACACACAUCAUGCAAACACAGGGGCAAAAACACAGACAUACACUAGCCACACAUACAUACGCAAGCCACACAUACAUACGCUAGCCACACAUACAUACGCUAGCCACACAGACAUACGCUAGCCACACAGACAUGCGCUAGCCACACAGACAUGCGCUAGCCACACAGACAUGCGCUAGCCACACAGACAUGCGCUAGCCACACAGACAUGCGUUAGCCACACAUACAUACGCUAGCCACACAGACAUACACAUAGACAUACACUAGCCACACAUACAUACACUAGCCACACAGACAUGCACACAGACACACAGACAUACACUAGCCACACAGACACGCUAGCCACACAGACAUACGCUAGCCACACAGACAUACGCUAGCCACACAGACAUACGCUAGCCACACAGACAUGCGCUAGCCACACAGACAUGCGCUAGCCACACAGACAUACACAUAGACAUACACUAGCCACACAUACAUACACUAGCCACACAGACAUGCACACAUACACACAGACAUACACUAGCCACACAGACACGCUAGCCACACAGACAUACGCUAGCCACACAGACAUACGCUAGCCACACAGACAUGCGCUAGCCACACAGACAUACACAUAGACAUACACUAGCCACACAUACAUACACUAGCCACACAGACAUGCACACAGACACACAGACAUACACUAGCCACACAGACACGCUAGCCACACAGACAUACGCUAGCCACACAGACAUACGCUAGCCACACAGACAUACGCUAGCCACACAGACAUGCGCUAGCCACACAGACAUGCGCUAGCCACACAGACAUGCGCUAGCCACACAGACAUACACAUAGACAUACACUAGCCACACAUACAUACACUAGCCACACAGACAUAGACUAGCCACACAGACCUACACUAGCCACAUAGACACACAUGCUUUAACUGACGACACUUUCAACCGAGGAUGUCAACGAAAAGUUUUGUAUUUGACAUUUUGUAUUUUGACUCAAACACCAAACCCUAUCAGAUAUUUUAGAUUCUAUAUUUUGUACAUUAAUAUAUUAGAGAGAAGUAUCUAUAAAUAAACAUGUAUUCGGAUGUACAUAGCUGACUGAGACCUAUUACAAUCAUGCAAGAGGUGGACGAUUCCUUUUCUUUCCCAUCACUGUAUUCUUCAUUCUUUCACCUGCUUUUUCCACACAUUUGGUUUGAAUAUCAAGCAGUUGCCUGCACUUGUGGCAAGGCAUCCCCUGACAUUGUCUUUUAGAUGAAUAACCCCCUGCAGUCAGUCCAUGUCAUAGAUAGAGACUGGUGUGGCACUCUAUGAAGCCAUCCCACUAACCCUGGCUCAAUCAGAUGUUAUGACCCAAUGAAUGUCCAAUUUUCUCCAAUGAGGCCUUUAUACUUGUCUAUACUGAUGAUGACAUCAUCCUUAUGUUAAACAAUAUGAGGAACAGCUUGUGGGAGUUCAUGUGGAGAUGUUUAAUUUUUUACCUUGGACCUGCUGGAUAUUGUUAUCCCCAUUGGGGUUGCACAAUUCCAGUAACUCUGCAAAAAUUCCCAGGUUUUUCUAAAAUACUGGUUGGAAGAUUCCCGAAAUCAGGAGGGAAUAAGCAGGAAAUCCAGUAAACUUCCAACAGAGAUUUCUAGAAAACCUGGGAAUUUGGGGAGUGACUGGAAUUUUGCAAAACCUAUCCCCCUUCUUCUGUUUCUGGUAGAGCAGCCCCAUCAGUAUUACAGCAUACUGUGGUAUCUUCAUCUGUUUCUGGUAGAGCAGCCCCAUCAGUGUUACAGCAUACUGUAGUAUCUUCAUCUGUUUCUGGUAGAACAGCCCCAUCAGUGUUAGAGCAUACUGUGGUAUCUUCAUCUGUCUCUGGUAGAGCAGCCCCAUCAGUGUAACAGCAUACUGUAGUAUCUUCAUCUGUUUCUGGUAGAACAGCCCCAUCAGUAUUACAGCAUACUGUGGUAUCUUCAUCUGUCUCUGGUAGAGCAGCCCCAUCAGUGUAACAGCAUACUGUGGUAUCUUCAUCGGUCUCUGGUAGAACAGCCCCAUCAGUGUUAGAGCAUACUGUAGUAUCUUCAUCUGUUUCUGGUAGAGCAGCCCCAUCAGUGUUAGAGCAUACUGUGGUAUCUUCAUCUGUCUCUGGUAGAGCAGCCCCAUCAGUGUAACAGCAUACUGUGGUAUCUUCAUCGGUCUCUGGUAGAACAGCCCCAUCAGUGUAACAGCAUACUGUGGUAUCUUCAUCUGUUUCUGGUAGAGCAGCCCCAUCAGUGUUACAGCAUACUGUGGUAUCUUCAUCUGUUUCUGGUAGAGCAGCCCCAUCAGUGUUACAGCAUACUGUGGUAUCUUCAUCUGUCUCUGGUAGAGCAGCCCCAUCAGUGUUACAGCAUACUGUGGUAUCUUCAUCUGUCUCUGGUAGAGCAGCCCCAUCAGUGUAACAGCAUACUGUGGUAUCUUCAUCUGUCUCUGGUAGAGCAGCCCCAUCAGUGUUACAGCAUACUGUGGUAUCUUCAUCUGUCUCUGGUAGAACAGCCCCAUCAGUGUUAGAGCAUACUGUGGUAUCUUCAUCUGUCUCUGGUAGAGCAGCCCCAUCAGUGUUACAGCAUACUGUGGUAUCUUCAUCUGUUUCUGGUAGAGCAGCCCCAUCAGUGUUACAGCAUACUGUAGUAUCUUCAUCUGUCUCUGGUAGAGCAGCCCCAUCAGUGUUACAGCAUACUGUGGUAUCUUCAUCUGUCUCUGGUAGAGCAGCCCCAUCAGUGUUACAGCAUACUGUGGUAUCUUCAUCUGUCUCUGGUAGAACAGCCCCAUCAGUGUUAGAGCAUACUGUGGUAUCUUCAUCUGUCUCUGGUAGAGCAGCCCCAUCAGUGUUAGAGCAUACUGUGGGAUCUUCAUCUGUCUCUGGUAGAGCAGCCCCAUCAGUGUUACAGCAUACUGUGGUAUCUUCAUCUGUCUCUGGUAGAACAGCCCCAUCAGUGUUACAGCAUACUGUAGUAUCUUCAUCUGUUUCUGGUAGAGCAGCCCCAUCAGUGUUACAGCAUACUGUAGUAUCUUCAUCUGUUUCUGGUAGAGCAGCCCCAUCAGUGUAACAGCAUACUGUGGUAUCUUCAUCUGUUUCUGGUAGAGCAGCCCCAUCAGUAUUACAGCAUACUGUAGUAUCUUCAUUGGUCUCUGGUAGAGCAGCCCCAUCAGUGUAACAGCAUACUGUAGGAUCUUCAUCUGUCUCUGGUAGAGCAGCCCCAUCAGUGUUACAGCAUACUGUAGUAUCUUCAUCGGUCUCUGGUAGAGCAGCCCCAUCAGUGUUACAGCAUACUGUGGGAUCUUCAUCUGUCUCUGGUAGAGCAGCCCCAUCAGUGUAACAGCAUACUGUGGGAUCUUUGUCUUAUCCUACAUCUGAUGUCAUCAUUCUAAUUUAACCAAUUUUUUUAUGUCUUUCCCGUCAUCAAACUACUUACAGUGACAAUAUUGGUGAUUUGGGUACCAAUCAGUUCUUGAGAAGCAGUCUGUCUGUUUGGAUUGUCACUUUGUACCCCGGGGUACGUGUGGAUAGGAAGAAUGUCUUGGCGCUCUAUUCAUUCUGGGUGACAGAACCUAGUGGUUAACAGCAUGCCUGAACAGCCCCUCUAAAAACUCAAAGUCCAAAACUAACAAAAACAUCACAAAAGGCGUCAUAAUACACUGCUCAAAAAAAUAAAGGGAACACUAAAAUAACACAUCCUAUAUCUGAAUGAAUGAAAUAUUCUUAUUAAAUACUUUUUUCUUUACAUAGUUCAAUGUGCUGACAACAAAAUCACACAAAAAUUAUAAAUGGAAAUCAAAUUUAUCAACCCAUGGAGGUCUGGAUUUGGAGUCACACUCAAAAUUAAAAGUGGAAAACCACACUACAGGCUCAUCCAACUUUGAUGUAAUGUCCUUAAAACAAGUCAAAAUGAGGCUCAGUAGUGUGUGGCCUCCACGUGCCUGUAUGACCUCCCUACAAUGCCUGGGCAUGCUCCUGAUGAGGUGACGGAUGGUCUCCUGAGGGAUCUCCUCCCAGACCUGAAUUAAAGCAUCCGCCAACUCCUGGACAGUCUGUGGUGCAACGUGGCGUUGGUGGAUGGAGUGAGACAUGAUGUCCCAGAUGUGCUCAAUUGGAUUCAGGUCUGGGGAACGUGCGGGCCAGUCCAUAGCAUCAAUGCCUUCCUCUUGCAGGAACUGCUGACACACUCCAGCCACAUGAGGUCUAGCAUUGCCUUGCAUUAGGAGGAACCCAGGGCCAACCGCACCAGCAUAUGGUCUCACAAGGGGUCUGAGGAUCUCAUCUCGGUACUUAAUGGCAGUCAGGCUACCUCUGGCGAGCACAUGGAGGGCUGUGCGGCCCCCCAAAGAAAUGCCACCCCACACCAUGACUGACCCACCGCCAAACCGGUCAUGCUGGAGGAUGUUGCAAGCAGCAGAACGUUCUCCACGGCGUCUCCAGGCUCUGUCACGUGCUCAGUGUGAACCUGCUUUCAUCUGUGAAGAGCACAUGGCGCAAGUGGCAAAUUUUCCAAUCUUGGUGUUCUCUGGCAAAUGCCAAACGUCCUGCACGGUGUUGAGCUGUAAGCACAACCCCCACCUGUGGACGUCGGGCCCUCAUUCCACCCUCAUGGAGUCUGUUUCUGACCGUUUGAGCAGACACAUGCACAUUUGUGGCCUGCUGGAGGUCAUUAUGCAGGGCUCUGGCAGUGCUCCUCCUUGCACAAAGGCGGGGGUAGCGGUCCUGCUGCUGGGUUGUUGCCCUCCUACGGCCUCCUCAUCUCCUGAUGUACUGGCCUGUCUCCUGGUAGCGCCUCCAUGCUCUGGACACUACGCUAACAGACACAGCAAACCUUCUUGCCACAGCUCGCAUUGAUGUGCCAUCCUGGAUGAGCUGCAUUACCUGAGCCACUUGUGUGGGUUGUAGACUCCAUCUCAUGCUACCACUAGAGUGAAAGCACCGCCAGCAUUCAAAAGUGACCAAAACAUCAGCCAGGAAGCAUAGGAACUGAGAAGUGGUCUGUGGUCACCACCUGCAGAACCACUCCUUUUUUGGGGGUGUCUUGCUAAUUGCCUAUAAUUUCCACCUGUUGUCUAUUCCAUUUGCACUACAGCAUGUGAAAUUUAUUGUCAAUCAGUGUUGCUCCCUAAGUGGACAGUUUGAUUUCACAGAAGUGUGAUUGACUUGGAGUUACAUUGUGUUGUUUAAGUGUUCCCUUUAUUUUUUUGAGCAGUGUAUAUGCAGAAACUCUUCCAAACUGUUUUGGCUGGGAAGCAUACAGAUGCCUUAAAGCUGGAACAGACUUUAAAUUUAAUUAAUGAUGUAACGCUCAACUUCAAUUAUAUGGUUUAAAUAGAGGCCUUAUCCUCUGGUCUUUACUCUUUUCAAACUAAAACCCUCCUUCCACUAGAAACAUGAGGGAUCUUACUCUACUGCUAUAACCCAUUCAGUCCCUCUCCACUCCUCAAAAUGGUGCCAUUUUUUGCUUUUUUUUUACUGUGUGUCAUUGGUGUUGUUUGAGAUUGUACUUUACUUUCUGCUACUUUGAAAAUAAGCAAGGAAAAUACAGUUCCAUUGAAUUCAAUUGACCUUUAACGUGCAUUCUCAAACUGUGGGGUGGGGGGGCAGAACUUCUCUGCUAGGGAGGAGCAUAGCUCCCUUUCUCUCCCUAUAUUUGGACAAAGGAUGAACCUCGUGAGGUUUUCACUAGAUGGAGUGGAGAGAAGAGGAAUGACAUCAGUGUGUCUUGAGUCAGGACUUGCAUAACCUGGUUGCCGUCUGUUCAGCUAUUACAUUCCACAAGGAGUGUUAGCUAAGAGGACUGGUACCCAGACUAAACCGUGGGUUGUCUUUGCUUUCUAUCAUGUCAAACACUAAGCGUCUUUCUUUGUUACAUUCAAUAAACUACUAAAAUGGCA